AUGGCCAACCGCAAUCCGCCAAUCAGAAGCUCCAAUUGACGGCAAAAUAGAAGCGCAGUCUGAGAGACGAAACGAUCUUCUGUCUACAAUCAAUUCCCAAGAUUCAGCAACAUUUUGCAUGGGACUGCGCCAGAUCCCGAGGUACCAGCUCACCUCAUGGAGGUUCCAGCUGCCGUGCAGGCACUGGUCAAGCACUCCAUUGCGACCAUCGGGCCAUAAUCGAUGGAGCAAAAUCAAACAUGACAAGGCGAAAGCAGAUGCAAGGACUAGCAAGACCAGAACUUUAAUGUCCCAUGAGCUGAUGACUGCAUCAAGACUCGCCGGCCCAGACCCGGCUCUUAAUCCAAGACUCGCCGCAGCCAUCGCAAAUGCCAAAAAGAGUCAGAUGGUCAAGUCGGCUAUCGAAUAUGCCAUUGCCAAAGGCCAGGGCAAGACACCGGGCGGUCAGGCGCUCGAGCCGGUCACUAUCGAAGCCAUGCUCCCUCAUGGCGUCGCAACCAUGAUCGAAUGCCUUACCGAUAACAAAGCCAGAACACUAAGCGACAUACGCAUGAUUGUCAAUCGUGCUGGGGGUACAAUCACACCGACAGCGUUUCUAUUUGAGAAGAAGGGCAGGAUAUCAUUUCAAGAGCAGGACAAGAUAGGCGUUGAUGAGGCCUUAGAGGAGGCCAUCGACGCAGGUGCGCUUGACAUAUCUUCUGAAGAAGGCAGACUCGUGGUUGAGACGCCGCCAACGGAUGUGAUGGAAGUUGCUCUGCGGCUACAGGAUCGCUUCGGGGUACGCAUCGAAAAAGUAGAAGUGGUGUAUGACCCAAACGACGACGCGUUAGUGACGUUGACGGAGGAGCAGGAGGAAGAAGUGGGAAAGGUGCUUGAUACUCUGGAAGAGGAUCCUGCGCUGCAGAACCUCUACGUCAAUGCUACUUCUCAAUGAUAUGACUGACUCUGAUACCGUCGCUAUGCACCCUCUAGGAUAGUCGUUUGCGAUAUGGCUCUCGGAAAGGCUCGCAAUCUGCAAGCAUUGAUGAGCCGCGUAUAUGGCGACUAAAGCGGCGUUAGUAGAGAGAUGAACCAAUGGAAAGUGAAGCGAGAAACGACC